AUGACUCGCCCCGAAAUCAUUCGCGCCGACUCGAUUGAUCUUCAGGAUCGCGACGCACCCUCAGCUAAGAAUCAUCCGCGCCAUCCCCCAGUCCAGUCUAGCCAACCGACGAGCGCACUCGCGCCCCAUCAAGCCGAGACUCUGAGGGAGGUUGCCGCCGAGAGCGCAGAGGAGAACUCGCGUAGCCCACGCGUGUCUUGGAACUCUGGGGUCGACUCGGGAGACCUCGAACAGCAAGCUGAAGAUCUAGUCGCCGGUGUUUCCGGCUCGUUUGAGGGCGCCUCUUCAGGCAGGAGCAAGAUGCAACAGCAAGAUGCGCUCGCAAUCGCGCAAAACGGCGGCAAUGACCUCUUGGAAGAUGAUAUAGACCCUGACGGCGACGAGGACGACGACAUGGACAAAAUUUCGAGUUCUCCCUCAAUCGAAGAUGGUGGGUACCCAGUUUCGCCGGCUGCGCCUUGCACCCUUCCAAAAAUCCCCUUCCCGGGUAGUCUUCCGGGGCCGAUGGCUCAGGACGACGACGCAAGGUCGUCAUCUCCGUGCUUGGAAACCCCCGAGCAUAUGCCUAUAACAUUCACCAUGCAGAAGAACAGUCAUCGUCGUCAGGCCGAGAGUGAGUAUAAACGUGCGUAUAACCACGAAGAUGGAAGUCAGUACGAAGGCAAUUCAGUAGACCAAGAGCAAAGAAUGGAGCAUGGCAAGGAAUAUGAUGGGGGUUAUUCUGGAGAAGAGAAUUUUACUCAGGUGUCCAACUAUGGUUGGGAACCAGAUCAACUCCACGACUGUCCUGCCCAAUCUGGUUCCAACGCGCACUUUGUUGACGCACAAGGAGGCGAUCUGGCAGUGGCCUAUAGCGUUUCCGAGGACGGUGAUGACGACGAUGACUUCUAUGCCUACCAGUCUGACCCCCGUUAUUGUGAUUCUGGCUGGAGCUCGGAAUGCUUACAAGACGCAGAGGACAUUGAUUUCGAAUUCGUAUACGCGCUACAUACAUUCGUGGCUACCGUCGAGGGGCAAGCAAACGCGACCAAGGGUGACACCAUGGUGCUUUUGGACGACAGCAAUAGUUAUUGGUGGCUCGUCCGAGUCGUCAAGGACAGCAGCAUCGAACCAUCCAUCCUAGCUGCCAAAAGGCCGAUUCCCUUUCUGACGGCGUAUUCGCCAGGUUAUCUCCCUGCCGAGCACAUUGAGACACCUACCGAAAGGCUAGCUCGACUGAACAAGCACAGAAACAUUGAUCUAUCCGCGACCAUGCUCGGAGAUCAGAUGGAAAAGACCAAGAAUCCUAUCAAGUCUGCAAUGAAGAGAAGGAAGACCAAGACUGUGGCCUUCGCGGCACCGACUUUCCAUGACUACUCGGACAUUGACUACUCAACGGAAGAGGAAGACCCAGAAAUGGAUUUCUACAUCAGGCAACAACAGGCGCAACAGCAACAAGAGCAGCAGCAGCAGCAGCAGCAGCAGCAGGAACAGCAACAAGCACAACAAAACCAACAGCAACAGCAGCAAUCGCAGCAGGUGGUCAACACGCAAGCAGCCAAUGAGGAAGAGCCUAGCCGUGCUGAAUUCGCAAAGAGCAGACAGCAAAAAGAUGUAAGAGCUGUUGAUCCCGUCACAGACGAAGCCGACAACGAUUUAGCAACGGGAGGCAGGACCAGUGAAGAUAUCUUUGAAGCCUCCAAGUCCAUAACACCUGGGCCGACUAAGACAAAGGAUGGAACUGUCAGAGACUCAUUCUUCAAGGACGACACGGUUGAGACCAAGAAGAUUACGCUGACGCCCAAUCUCUUGCGAGACGAUGGAGGACCGAGAACAUCAUCGGAUUCUAAAGACUCCAAGCAGAGGCCAAGUCUGGACAAACUGGAGAAAGAUAGUGUCCUUGGCAAGGAUGACAAGAAAAAGAAAGACAAGAAAGAGAAGGAGAAGAAGCCCAGUGCCAUCCGGAGUUUUUUCUCGAGGGGUGGCAAAAAGAAGUCCGUUGAUGAGGAUGACGACCUGUUAUUGGGCAAAAGAUCAAUGGAGGCCAUAUCAGAAACUCAAGGCAACGAUGGUGACGAGAUUGACGAAGCUCAAUCGCCAGAAAAGACCGCGGCCCCGGCGCGCAACCCCAGCAAGCUCCAGAAGCAGCCCCGGACCGAACCGUCUCCAACGCGCAAGCCGAGCUCUGCUUCGCGCGAGACAUCCAUUGACAGCUACAACGAAACUAGGGCCAACAAUGUGGCCAACGUUCCGCCAGCUACCAUGCGAAUCGUCGAAUCUGACGGGCAAGAUAGCCGAGAUAUGGCAGCCAAGACUACCAAUGCACCGGUGGACAGUUCGAAAGGGUCAAAGUCGAAGAGAGAACCAAAGCCGGCCGUGUCAAAGGUUAUGCCGUCCCGGAUGCAAACCCCCGAAGCCAAGCCACAGAAGUCGGUCAGGGCAAAGGCCGCACCCGACCCGGAUGUUGUGGCCCCUGCAGAAGAUGUGGCUUCAGCAGAGGUUGUCAGAAAAGGCUCUACAUCUUCCGAUACAACAGCCCCCAAGGCAACUGCACGCCAACCGCCAAAGGCAUCUGUAUCUGAAGAAAGUGGACAGAAUGUGCAGGUUGGUGCUUUGGCGCGUGAUCGUCUGACGGAGUCACCUGUACAGACGACUGCGGAGACAUCAAACAAUCCCCCGGCACUCAUGGGUGAUACCUCUAGCCAGGAGGACCAUUCAUCUCCGAUAUCAUCGCCAUCGCCAGAGCUUGAUGGGGACGAAGAUGGCGGGCGGAGGCAUCGCAAGGACGACUCGGUCACAACAUCAACAUCGACCGCUAGCACCGCAUGGAACGACGCCAGCUUACGUGCCUAUUUUGACUCGGGCACGGAAAUCCGCGACAUGCUCACUCUCAUUUAUGAUAAGACAGAUGUCGCUCCUGUAGGCCCAGAUCAUCCAAUUGCCGGUAGUUUGUUCCGGGAACAGAACGCGAAGCUAGCAGAGAUAACAACGUUACUUACUGGGGCCGGCUACGGAGGUGUCGAUGGUGCCAGACUCAUUGUGAAGAGCCGAGAAGCAAAGGUCCUUGCUGGCGUCGCUGUGGCCUCGACGCGGAAGCUCGAGGACGUCCAGGUGCCAGUCGGCUUCCGCUGGAGGAGGCAGACGCACUGA